CAAAGAUCCAAAAGCAUCCCCACAAAUCCAUUUCAGACCCACCAAAGCUUCCGCACAAAAUCCAAUCCACGAAAGCAUAAACCAGAAGUUCUUUGUUCUACUUUUUCCAAACCAAAAAACAUGGCUAGUCUGACAGUGGGUCUCCUUGCAGCGGCUGCUGCCGUGGCAGGGGUCGCCGUGUUGGCUCAUCGGGCCAACAUGGGUGCCUUUAUCCCGCCUCCCAUGCACGGCAAAACUGUAUUGAUCACUGGCGGAACGACCGGUUUGGGCCUCGAAUCCGCCAAGCGGUUGGCCAAAGCAGGAGCCAAAGUCAUCAUCACGGCACGGAGCGAUACCAAGGGUCAAACGGCCGUACAGGAUAUUCAAGACUAUUGUACUGGUACCGAUGAUGGAACCGUCGACGUAUCCUACCAAAUUCUAGAAUUGGACCAACUGGAAUCCACAAAGGCCGCCGCCGAAUGGCAGAUACCCACCAAAAUUGACGUUUUGAUGCUCAAUGCCGGAAUCAUGGCACCCGCCAAACUGCAAAUGAGUCAUUUGGGAGUGGAACAGCAAAUGCAUACCAAUCAUUUGGGACAUUUUGUUUUGACGGCAUCGCUACUACCAUUUUUGAACGAGAAUGCACGCAUUGUUGUCGUGUCCAGCUUGGCCCACACAUUCCCCAGCUACACCGGCGGACUCAAAUUGGACCAGGCUUGGAAACCGGAACCCUACAUACCCGUUCGUAGCUAUGGCUACAGUAAGCUGGCCAAUGUCUACUUUGCCUCUCAAUUGAACGCGCGGUCCAGCUACACUGCCGUCUCCUUGCAUCCCGGGACGGUGGCCACCGACCUGGCACGACAAAUAACAUCCUACAAACCACUGCAGAAUUUCUUCAGCAAGACAUUGGUUCCAAUUUCAACAUCCUUGGGCUUGUUGCUGACACCCGCACAAGGAGCCAACACACAAGUGUAUUUGGCCAGUACCACAGAUAAUCUUGUCGGUGGUGGUUACUACACGGGUAUGAAAUUGCAAACACUUGGAGGCUUUGCUACGGAUCCAGCCUUGGGAGAGUUGCUUUGGAAACAAAGCGAAGAGAUUUCGGGAGUCAAGUUUCAAUUUGAUACUGCAGGAGCAGCAAAAGAAGCAGAAGCAAAAGCAACAGAAGCAACCACAGCGGAAGAAGCAACCGACACCAAAGCAGCAACAGAAGAAGAAGCCACAGAAGCAACAACGACAGAAGAAGCCACAGAAGCAGCAACAGAAGAAAAAGAAGCAGCUGCAACAACCGAAGCAGCAACAACAACAGAAGAAGCAACAGAGGCAACAACAGCAGAAGAAGAAGCCACAGAAGAAACUUCAACAGAAGAAGCAGCUGCUGCUGAAGAGUGAUUUCAUUUAAUUGGCUUGGAUUCGUUGGUUCAGGCUCUUAUUACGAGCCCCCAACCAGUCCACCAGGCACAACGAAAACCUCCUUGGGUUGGAGCCCGGUAGUUACUGGAUAUUAGCAAUCCAGGCAGAGUGGAGAUGCAAGCAAGCGGCACUAGCUAGCUGGAUAAGUCCCAAGCAAAUCAUUUGCUUCUCAGGUCGAUCUUUUGUUGGUUAUCUCAUUACUAGUAGGCUUUUUACUAGGUUUCGUUUAGUAUGUAGCUUUGUUUUUGGUGGAUUAGCACCGGUAGUACUGUCGAUGGGU